CUGCCUCCCCACAAGGUAAGCCCAAAGUCAGCUUCAUCUCGGAGUGUCUUUGCUCUGCUGCUAACGGGGACUGUGAUGUUGGCCCCGUCCUCAGGAAAGUGACUCUCAUCCAGAGGAAUAUGGAGAGUUGCAUUCCCACACGGGUGGCUUCUGUUCAAGAAUGAAACGUGCAGUACUUCACUUGACUUCUUCUCGGACUGGAACACUUCUCGGGAUUCCUGGUGGACAGUUUUACCUUGUCUUUCCAAAGCCAAAGUCUGAGCAAGAGUGAAGAGGAGAGCCCAAGCGGCGGAGAGCACCAUGAAAACGCUCAUGGCUGCCUUCUCGAAAGAGCAGAGCGGGAGCCGCGUCCGCGUCCAGGCUUCCCUCCGCAGGCUCCCGGCUGCGCCCUGGCCUUCCAGGGGAAACGUGCAGGCCUGCCUCCAGCUGCUCUCCGUCCUCCAGUGGAUUCUCAGCUACCUGGUGAUGGGGGCUGCUGUCCUGCUGCUGCUCAUCUACUUGGCUUUCACCAAUUUCUGGCCCAUUUCUGCCCUCUACCUGGCUUGGGUCAUCUUUGACUGGGACACACCUGAGAAAGGUGGGAGGAGUUCCUCCUGGGUCCGGAACUGGUCCAUCUGGAACCACUUUCGAGAUUAUUUUCCUGUCCAGCUGGUGAAGACCUGCAAUCUGGCCCCCAGCCACAACUACAUCAUUGGCGUCCACCCCCACGGCAUUCUCUCAGUCGGCGCUUUCUGCAACUUUGUCACUCGCUCCACCGGCUUCUGCGACAAGUUCCCCGGCAUCAACCCCUUCCUGGCGACGCUGGCUGGCAACUUCAACCUGCCAGCACUCCGAGAGUAUCUGCUGAGCGGGGGUCUGUGCCCCGUGACCCGCCGGGCAAUAAGCUACCUGAUCUCCAGGAACGGCACUGGGAAUGCUGUGGCCAUUGUCGUUGGAGGCGCGGCAGAGGCACUCUCUUGCCAGCCAGGCGUGAUCACGCUCGUCCUCAAGAAGCGCAAGGGCUUUGUCCGGAUGGCACUCCAGCAUGGGGCCCAUCUGGUUCCAGCCUUCUCUUUCGGAGAGAACGAUCUCUUCCAGCAAGUGGUCUUUGAGGAAGGCACCUGGAUGAAGGCCCUUCAGAACAGAUUCCGGAGAAUUCUGGGCUUUUCUCCCUGUUUGUUUUACGGCAGAGGAGUCACUUCCAUCCACUCCCGAGGCUUCCUGCCUUUCCCCAGACCAGUGACCACUGUCAUUGGAGGGCCUGUGCCAGUGCCGAAGAUUGAGCAGCCGACCCGGGAGACGGUGGAUCUGUACCACGCUCUGUACAUGGAGGCUCUUCUCAAACUCUUCAACGAUCACAAAGUCAAGUACGGGCUGUCGGCGGCUGAUGAGCUGCGGAUCCUGUAACUGAGGCCAGAGGUGUGGAGGGAGGCAAGGCAGCGGAUCCCCCCCCCACCCUCAGGGACUGCCUGCUUGGGGGCUGUGGGAUGGAGCCUCCCUGCCUGCCUGGGCAAGGGGCGGGGGGGCCCUCUGGCUGAGGCCCCCUGCCGGGCUGGGACUGGCGUGGCAGUAAACAGAGGCCCUCCUCCCCCCCCCCACCCACAGUUGUGGCAAGGAGUGGAAGAGGGCUCCAGAACCUGCCGGGCAAUGCAAGAGGGAGUGGAGGGGGGGGGGGCUAAGUAAAGGGGGCACCGCAGCCAGGCAUGGCUUGGGCAUGGAACUAAAAGUGCUGCAGGCAGCAUGGCCCCCUCCCCUCGGCUCCUGGGACACUUCCCUGCCUGAUAACCGGUGGAGGGUGCAGCAGCAUCCAGGCCCAAACCACUCCUCGUCUCAAACUAAGGGGCAGUUUGGCCCUGGGUGCGUUUGAAGGUAAAUAGGGGCGGCAGGUGUUGGACCGGUCUCAUCAUGCUGCAGUUGCAAGAAGCACUGAGCCCCCGAAGCUGCGGUUUGCCCCCUUUCAAGAGCAUUGAGAGCUGCCAGACUUGGCCACCUCCCCCUCAUUCAUGAUGCCUCUGGGCUGGGGCUGGAAGGAGGAGUUGGGGGGCUUCUGCCUUUAGGCGGGGAGGGAUUCUGGGUACCGGAAAGCGGGGGCGGGAAAUGGCCUGACCCCAAAUGUUUCUGUUUGCUUGGAAAAUAAGAGCCUCGACCGAGA